UACUUUAAUUAACUUUAGCUGAAAAUAUAUCCUUUUUUCAUUCUUGGCAAGACCACUAUGCUUCAUUACAUAAAUGGUAUGAGAUGUAGUUGGAUCAGCUUAUGUGUCCCAUUAUUUUGCUCUGGUCUCCCCUUAUUUUCUUACCUGUCUGCCUCGAAAAUGAACACAAACAUGCCUGCUUUAAAUUCUUGCGAAAUGUUUUCAACACAAUCUGCAAAACAGACACAUAAUCAGAAAAGUCGGAAAUGCGAAAGAAUUACGACGAAUUCGGCGCGGUGUUUAACUCCUUUCCUGCCCAGCUCGAUGUAAUUAAGAGCUUCGAGUUCAUUGUUUCGGUUUAAAGCGAAAGUAGGCCUACAGCGUCAAACAGACGUUCAUUGAGAGCAGAUGCGCAGCUCCUCUGAGGCUCGCUCAGAAAGGUGCGCUGGGAUACACUGAUGUGUUCUCCUGGGUUUUCCUUCGCCUGCAUUUGCAUGAGUCUGACAUUUUGAGCGCUUAUCUGAACAGAAACAAAAAAGGGAAACAGGGCAAUGGUUUGAUUUGAUCGCUGGUCGUUCCCGUCUCCCCCCCCUUUAGAUAUUGGAGUUUCUCACUUUGGCUUGUCUGAUACAAGCUAUUUUUCUCAGGACGUGGGCAAAGUUGCGCUGUCACCUAAACCUGACUCAGUUGAUGCCGAGUCUUAUUACAAUGAGCGUUGACCACCAGUCGGUUGCCACAGCGCCGCUGGAUCUGAGCAUCACAGCUCGAGGGCGCAGGAGCACGGGGGACUUAACCUUUUGCGCCGGGGACGCCCGGGCGACCGGCGGCUCACCUGCGCCUCCUGCGAGCACCGGGACGGAAAGUUCAGCGGUUCGCCGCUCCCCGGACACGGAAAGUAUCCAGUCCCGCAAACGGACAGCGGCCCAAUCUCCCAUAAAGACUCCAUCGAAGCUUCCUUUCAGGAAACGCAGGUUUCACGUUGAGUCGGAGGUCCAGAAACCGGCUUCUCUGGCUCCAGCGGCGAGCGCACCAUGUUCUUCACCCACAGAGGAGCAGAAAGUCCGGGAUGGAGCCUCUGGUCGCUUGGAGAGAGCAGCGGAUGACAGCAGGUUCGGCGUUGCACCGGUGACCCACAGGCGGAUCGAGCAAGCAGCUUACAGUCCGGAAGGCUAUUCCUGUUGCAUUUUACCUGUUAUUAAUUACGGUCACUACCCAGUGUGCUGCCUACCCUCCUUUCCAGAGCCACACCACCCACGAGUCCACCAGACUGACACCCUGCUGGCGGAAAUUUCUCUGGCCACACGUCAGGAUGAAGAUGGAGACACACCUCUCCAUAUAGCUGUGGUUCAGGGGGAAUUGCCCAUCGUCCACAAACUCAUCCAGCUAUUGGUGUUGGCUGGCAGAGGCCUCGAUAUCUACAACAAUCUUCGUCAGACUCCUCUUCAUCUGGCAGUGAUAACCAAGCAAGCACACAUGGUGAAGAUUUUGUUGGGAGCAGGGGCCGACCCUGCUGUCUUGGACCGACACGGCCAAACAGCACUCCAUCUCUGCUGUGAAUAUCAGCAGCUUGACUGCCUCUCUGUACUGCUGUCUGUGUCUUCGUCCUCCCCAUGCCUGGAGAUCAGAAACUUCGAGGGUCUGAGCCCUCUACAUUUGGCUGUGCUACAAGGCUGUCAGGAUUUGGCCAAAAUGCUGUUGGACGCAGGAGCAGACAUCAAUGCGAUGGACAUUAAGAGUGGCCAGAGUCCUCUCAUGCAUGCUGUGGAAAGCAAUAAUCCAGAUAUGGUGGACUUCCUCAUUGAGAAUGGAUGUGACGUCAACAGUCAGUCGUACAGCGGGAACACGGCCCUACACAUCGCUUGUGGUCGAGGUCAGGUGGACACCGUCAGGCUACUGCUGAAGAGCGGAGCGGACAGCAGCCUCAAGAACUACCACAACGAUACACCAGUGAUGGUGGCCAAGAAUAAAAAAAUAACUGAUGUGUUACGAGGAAGAGCUUCCAAGCAGGUCAGACAUCAGGAGCUACCUUUGGUGUCUGUCUCACCACAUCAGAGUUGCUAUAUGGAAAAUGGAUCCCCUUCUUCGAACCACAGUCGUGGAUCUUCACCACUGACGAUGCCACUCGGCCUACAUCUUAGUGCUUCCCAUUCCCUAAAGACUUCAUCUGAACUAUACUAGCUCAGUACAUUGUGUCCAGUGGACUUUGCAACUACCUCCACACAGCUAAGCAUCAAACUCAGGACAUUCAGCAAAAGAUUUGCCUCAUAUGAGGAGAGACCAUAAAAUAUCACCAUUGCAUUCAACUGUCAAACUGGACCACAACCCAAAUGUGGGGUUCUCUGAGCUUUUUUUGUCUUGCCAGACAAGGCAUCUCAAUUUAUACGGCUGCUGUUUUGGACGCUUAUGUUGGACACUUAUGUAGUGAAAAAUGAAAAUAAAACGUCUGAGCAAAGCGGCCACAAAAAUGAGGGAUUUCCACUUUUGCAUGUCGGCAUGAACAGAAAGGGGAAACUGCAUGUAAACAAGGCAGAAUGUAAAAGACUUUUGUGAUAUUACCUGCACAUAUCUGUAAAUUACAUAAAAGAAUGCUUAAUGAAAUCAGAAUCCCUGCCUCUUUGCCUUUAUUUUUGUACUUGUCAGAGCAUAAACUGUAUAAUGGGGGGGGGAAAGGAAGGCUUUAAUGGACAGACACUGAGACAGUUUAUCAGAAGAUUCCAGUAUUCCUUUUGUAAAUGUUCCUAUUAUUAAAGACUGCAAACAGAAAAAUCCCUCCAUAUUUAAACAAUCUAAAAAUGGAAAUAGGACCAUGUUUGAGUGUUUGUAUGCCUGUAUCCAUUUGUCUACAUUGUCAAAUGUUGUUUACUGUUUUAUAUAAAGUUUGUUCAACAGGUUUGA